CGUACAACCCCUUUAUUCUCCAACAGCCUCUCUCGGUAGCUCUCUAAAUCUCAUCUCUUCCUCUCACGCACACACGGCGCCACUCUCAACAUGAUGGUCCUCUUCUUCUCUGGCGAAGACCCUAAUACAAUAGGGUAAACCAGAUAAAAAACUUCUACAAAAGCAAAACCUCAUGGUUGGGCACUAGGAAAGCUCAUGGAGAUGGGUUCGGGCUCUUUGACUGAGUCAGGCGGUUCUGCCACCAACUCUUCCGUCGAGUCACUCAACGGCUUCAACACCGGGAAAAAGAUCUCAUUUUCCACCACCGUAUCCGCCACUGCAAUCAUGGGGACAUCAUCCAAGUCUGGUGAAGGGUCUUCAAGCUUAUCCGGGUCGGGUAGGAAGGGCAGGGCUAGUGGAAUGGUGCAAGGGGCUCAGCCUCCAAGGUGUCAAGUAGAAGGGUGUAAAGUGGAUCUAAGCGAUGCUAAGGCUUACUCUCUUCUGUCAAAUCGAACAUGGGGCUCCAGAAACCAGGCUUCAAGUUUCGGGGAAGCCAUGGACAUUGUUCAAAUUUGCAAAGAAGAGCAAGAGCAAGCAUUUGCAAUGCUUGCUGUAGUUUUAUGGUUGGGAAAUAUAUCAUUUCAAGUAAUUGACAAAGAAAAUCUUUUAGAGGCAUCUGCCGAUGAAGCUUUAACCAGUGCUGCCAGGCUGAUGGGUUUUGCUCCAGAUGAACUAAUGCAAGCUGUAUCUACGCAUAGAAUCCGAGUUGGCAGGGAUAAUAUUUGUAAAAAAUUGACAUUGCAACAGGCUAUUGAUGCAAGAAACGCAUUGGCAAAAUUCAUCUAUGCAAGCUUAUUUGACUGGCUUGUGGAACAAAUCAACAAGUCACUUGAAGGGGGUAAAAAACACAUUGGCAGAAGAAUAGCCUUGAGCAGCUUUGUGUAAAUUAUGCAAAGGAGAGGUUGCAACAACACUUCAUCCGGCACCUAUUGAAGCUUGAGCAAGAGGAGUAUGAGUUGGAUGGGAUUGAUUGGACCAAAGUUGAUUUUGAAGACAACCAAGAGUGCUUGGACCUAUUUGAGAAGAAGCCCUUAGGGCUACUUUCCUUGCUGGAUGAGGAAUCAAAUUUACCCAAUUCAACUGAUUUUACCCUUGCUAAUAAGUUGAGGCUGCACCUGAAUUCUAAUUCUUGCUUUAGAGGAGAUAGAGGCAGGGCCUUUGGUGUUCGACAUUUUGCAGGAGAGGUGCUGUAUGAUACUAAUUGCUUUUUGGAUAAGAACCGAUAUGCAUUGAACCCUGAGGUAGUCCAACUUCUAUCAUCCUGUAACGGCCAGUUGGCACAGUUGUUUGC